GAGUUUCACCAUUUUGUUAGGGCAGAGACGGGGAGAUUGAAGUCGGCGAUGGAACAGACUCGGAGCAGACAGAAAAGCGAAAUAGAAGAAGGAGGAGAAGGGAAAGGCGACACCGAUGAAGAAGCGACGACGGCGACGAAGGAGACGACGGCGAUGACGCCGUGGGAGCAGCACUCGGCCGUCAUCAGCAUCCCUCGCUUCGACUACAACGCCCCCUCUUCCCUCCUUCGCCGCUCCCACUCCGGCUUCCUCGUCACCUGCACCAUCAGGAGGGAGAAGAGCGCCACCAAAGAAGCCAUGCGCCUCCUCGAAAAGUAUUGUGGGACAUUGGCUGCUAGCGGUAGUAAUGACCUGGAGUUGGCCGAUGCGAAGUUAACUGCUAAGAGAAGGAAAGUCUGUCCUGAGGAAUUGGAUCAGGAAGGUGCCAAUGGUGCUGAGCGUGGGCAUUUAACCGAUCAGCAUUGUAACGAGGAUGUGGCAGGUAAGCUUUCAGAAGAUGUGUCUUCUCAAACGCAGGGAGACAUCAGUGCAAAUAAAUCUUCAGCUCUUUCAUUAGUCAAGUUGACAGGGAGUGGUUUGCUUCUCUUUACAUUCCCCCAUGACGAUUCAGCCGACACCAUUCAAAUUGUGUCUGAUAUUAUUGAUUCCCUGGGAUCUGGAGAUUCGAGUUCCCCAAAUUGGUGUCAUCGAAUUUUUCCUAUCCAAGCUACAUGCAGUUUGAAUGAGCCAGACCUAAGGACUGUUGUUCAAAAGCUUGUUCUCAAGUUUAUAAAGGAUAAGCCAAGCAGACUUGCAUUACCUAUAAAGUUUGCAGUUGGAUUUAAUAGAAGAGGACUUGAAGAGAUGGAGCUGAAGAAUUCAAAUGAUAAAUCCAAUGGUUCUGAUCUACUACCUUUGUUGGACUGCCACAAAUGCUUUGAAGUCGUAGCUGCAGCAGUUAAGGAUGCUAUAUCAGAUUCAGUUGUAGAUCUAAAAAACCCCGAGAUUUCUGUUCUGGUUGAGCUGCUACCGCUUUCGGCUGUUCCGAGUGGGUCAUUGGUGGCUGCGGUAUCAGUUCUUCCACAAAAACUGGUCACUACAAAGCCACGGCUGUGUGUCAAGGCUUUGGCUCCUCAGGCUAAGUCAAAGAAUAAGUAAGUUGGCGGACUAUAGCAGCAACUCACGGCUGUGCAAUCUUUCAAUGGAAGAUGCUCGUGAUUAUGGCCUUGGAUUCCAAAGAACCAUGAAAAGAUGAAACAACAGAAUCCAACUGCAAUACAUUCGUGCGAGUCGGCUUUCAGCAGACACAACAGGUUGAUAUAGUCACAUCAACGAAAAGUUCCAGUGUAACUUGUUUCAGUCUAAAGCUCGGCCUCCGUAAGGAGUAGAAGACAAUAAAAAUUUCUUGAUCCUUUAGAAACAUAUUAGGAUUUGGGGAGAAAUAUUGAUCUUUCUUUGCAU